AUGCUAUUGUUUUUAGAUGCAGAAACAGAUAGAUUUGAUACGCCAGAGAGGAUUGAUCAGAUCAUUUGCGCUGAGAUCCCAAAUGUUGAAGAAGAACCUGAAUUACAUGCAAUCAUCACUCGCAAUAUGAUGCAUGGCCCAUGUGGCGAGCUAAACUCAAAGCCUCCGUGUAUGGUACAAGAUGCUUUUGGCAAUGAUGUAUGCUCAAAGAAAUUUCCCAAAAACUGCCAGCCAGUAACGGUGACCAGUGCUGAUGGCUAUCCUACUUAUAGAAGAAGAAGAGAUGGUCGUUCUCAUCAGGUGCGCGUUAAGGACAAGUUGGGUGUCUACCGCGAUUUCCAUAUGACGAAUGAGUGGGUGGUGCCAUACAACCCUUAUUUGUCAAAAAGGUAUUCGCUGCUGCUCAGCGUGCAACCUGACGCUGAAUUUUACCGUGGAACGCAAAGUCUUGAUUACGGCUUAUAUCUGUUGCAAACAUCACUUGGUGCACAAGACAGAUCUCUAGGUCAGUUCAAUUUGCCUUUGCCUCUCUUCAACUGGAAUGGCUUGAUAAGCAGAAUGACUGGCAUACAACUCAAUUCAUUGAUUCUCAAUGAAAUGUCAUAUCUCCAAGAUCAAGAAGCCUUUUCGUAUCAGCAAAAGUAUGCUCAAAUGAACGCUACCCAGAAGCACGUAUUUGAGACCAUCACCUCCUCCAUCAACAGCUCACAUUUCUAUUUGCAAGGUCCAGCCGGCACUGGCAAAACUUUCAUUUACAAUACUCUUUGUCAUUUUUAUAGAAGCCAUGGAAAAAUUGUUCUCUGUGUUGCCUCCUCAGGCAUUGCUGCUUUGCUACUUCCUGGUGGGCGUACGUCGCACUCUCGCUUUGCCAUUCCACUCAACAUCCACGAGCAGUCUGUGUGUGCGAUCAAGAAGAACGAUGACCUUGCUGAUCUCAUUUGA